AUGGAUUUCCUCGAGGCUUGGAAAUUAGAUAGGAGCCACCUCGAUCCUUCCCCUGUCCACCUCCACUCUCCUACAGACCAAGCAGACAGCCAGCCUAGUCCGAGCUACUCGCACAGCCUGAUCCCCUUUCCUGUCACCCAACCCAAGCACAAGAAGAAGAACACGCUGAGCAACGCUUUCCACCGCAUAGAUGCCCUCCACGAAUACCAGCCCAUCCCCGCCGCCGUCAUCGGCAGAGGCACCACCACCAGCAAAGCGCUCUUCCUCACUGACUGGCGGGUGGCAUUCAACGAUGUCAAGUAUGCCAAGGUGGUGCGGCGGAUUGGCAAUCUGCAGGCGUUGCGAGCGCGCGAUGCGGAUGCGGAUACAGCAAAACAGGACGAGGAGGAGGAUGGUGGUGUUGGCGUUGCUGGCGGUGGCUGGUCGUUCAAACAGCCAAAGAAACAUAGAGGUGUAGCUGUUCCACUCGCCCAUUGGGAUCACCUCCUCGAUCAGGUGGGUUGGUUGCAGGCAGAUUUCAAAGCGGAACGCAGGUGGAAACUCUCAGUCGCCUUCUUGCUCGCUAGCAAAGUCGCUGAAUGGCAUAGCGCUGGGCAUGAUGGCAAGAAGGCUCUCUGUGUUAAUGCUUCAAUUCCCCAGAAGAGUCUGCUUAAAAGACGCGAGCAAGAUGAGCAUGAGCGAGAGGAACAAGAGCAGCAAACAAAAAUGCUUCCCAUCGACUCAGAAAUGGAGGUGAAUGACGCCAUCAAUGAGCAUGUGGGGGGUGUGACAGGUGAGAAAGACGAGGAGAAUGAAACAGGUAGGGGAAUGGUCGAUGACAAUAUGGCUGGGAGAAUAUUACGCCAGCAGGAGGAGGAACAGGUGCAAGAGCAAGAGCAGGAUGCUACCGCACUCAAAAACUCACACACUCACACCGACUUGCCUAUGGAUAUAGACGAGCUCACUAGACCGCCUACGCUCGAGCAAGAUAUCAGGGAGGAGGAAGAGGGAGGAGAUACAGGGAGCUCGGCGCAAUCUGGGCAUUCAAUGUACUCGGGACAAUCGCAAUCGACACACACCAGCACCACCACCAACACUCACACCACCACACCACACAAAGAUAUAAUAGAAGCCCGCAAACCGUUGUUGGAGGGAGAAAUGAGGGUGAUGGCGGACAUGAGCGAAAUGAGUGGUGGGGAGGUUAGUGACUUGAGUGAGUUAUUCCCCGACCUCCCACCCUAUACUGUCACUGCCAGCGCAACCGCGCCACAGAGUAUGCGCGCGCCCGUACACACUGCCAAGGUGGAGCGAGGAGUGGGAGCAGCGACAGCAACAGCCUUAGGUGGAAAUGGAAAUGAAAAUGGUCGGGUAGACACAAGCAGUGCACAAGCAGGCCGAGUCGCACAUGUUAGUCGACUGAUGCAGUACAAAACUAUGCUCGUGUCUUCCCUCGAGCCUGGAAAACAUCGUGCGCGGUCGGCAUGGGAUGUGGAUACAUUUGAUAACUACACACAUACCCUCGAUGGUGUCAUGGAGGGGGGAAAUGUAGGUGCAAGUGCAGGUACAGGCGCUAGUGACCUUUUUCACGGGAAAAAGACCAAGAGCGGGAGUGCAAAUACUUGCUGGGAAAAUAGACCAGAGGGAUCCCCCGCGAUUGGUCUACAGUGGAGCGAGGAAGAAGACAAUCUACUACACACCCUCACUCAACAGUACACAGGGAAUUGGUUACUCGUUGCUGAUAUCUUUAAUGGCUCUCAUCAGGCUUUUUCUCAUAGACCGGCUGAUCGACGCGAGCCAGUGGAUUGCUUCGAGAGGUGGAAAAGCGGCGAGGGGAGGGAGAAAGAGAGGGAUAAGGAGAGGGAAAGGGAAAAAGAGAAAGAGCGAGAGAGAGAGAAGGAGAGAGAGAAAGACAAAGAUAAAGACGUCAAAGAAACGACAAAAAAGACAAAAGACACCAAGAAAAAGCAGUUGCCUAGCGACCAAUCGCGACGCGCCCAACGACGUAGCCAUCUAGUAACGCUAAUAGGCAAAUCGGUCAAGAAGCGUGAGAAGGAAAUGAGCAAGCGAGAAGGUCAAGCGAAGCGUGUUAGUUUGUUCGCGCAUGAGACACAUGCAACGGAUGUUACUCGUUUACAGCUAGAUCCAGUGGUGAUGUCUACGCUCAAGUUGGAGCGGGAUAGACAGGUACAGGCGGAGUUGGUGCGUAGACAGCAAGCAGCGGCGUAUAGACAGGCGCAGGCAUUUUUAAUGAAAGGGGGAAAUCCGAGGAUGUUGCCGCCGAAUCACCCAGUCGCAAUUGCUGCUGCGGCUGUAGCCAGAGGAGGGGGAGUAGGAGAAGGUGGGCAAGCAGGGCAAGCAGGUCAAGCAGGUCAAGCAGGUCAAGUGCAUCAAGUACCACAAACAGCACAAUCAACACAGCCAUUCAACUCCCCACAACUCCAGCAAGCAGCACUUAUGGGGGCUAACAACGCCAAUCUGCCACCACAGCUGCAGCAGCAGGUAAGGGCUAUGGGUAAUGGAGGAGGAGGGCAAUAA